AUGUUUAAAUUAUCAUUAAGAUCUUUAUUAUUAAUUUCAAUCAUUAUUAUUUCAACAAUUAAUAGUGGCAGUGGUGGUGUUAUUGUUGUUAGAGGAGAGCAAUAUAUAUUCCAAGGUAGUUUUAAUAAAGAUGAUGGUGGUAGAAUUACAAUUAUCAAAACUUUGACUGGAUGGUCAUUGACAAGUGACGUUGCAAUGAAGACACCAAUGCAAAACAAAGUUGAUAUUAUCAUUGAUUUUGUACCUGCCAAAGGUUCAAAUACCUCUGAUGAAGGUUUCCCAUUAAAGUUUGUGUCUACUGGUUUCCCCACUCCUUCAAAUGUCACCAUCUACCAAGUCAGUGUCAACGAUGUCUCUGGUGUACCAUCAAUGGACGAUGCAGUUGCUCAAGCCACCAAAACCAAUGCUACCGAUCGCUUUACACUCCAAAUUGAAGAUAAAAAGAAUAGCUUUACUGCUCCAUUAGCCUAUGCCCUUCAAUCGACCACUGGAGCCACCACCAAUAAUCUAACAACUACUACUUCUUCACCCUUCACUACCACUACAUCUGGUAAUCUAACAACUACUACUUCAACCUCUACAACUACUUCAUCAUCUACUACAGGUGUUGAUGAACCAGUUACUACAACUACAACAACUAGAGCAACCACUGGUAAUUCAAACAUACUCAUCCCAUCAACAUUAUUAAUCUCUAUCAUUGUUACCAUUAUUUCAAUUCUUUUAUAA